AUGAAAUCUCUCCUAGUUAAAGAACCUCUCUGCACGCGCCAGAGCCUAGUCAACGACCUACGCAAUCUGGGCAUCAAAGAAGGUGAAAUUAUUCUCCUCCACUCCUCCCUAAGCUCUUUGGGCUGGGUCAGCGGCGGCGCCGUGACCGUUAUCCACGCCCUACUCGACACGCUCAGCGACACAGGCACAUUAAUAGUCCCCUCACAUUCAGGAGACAACUCAGACCCCGGGAAAUGGCAGAAACCCGCCGUGCCAGAAGAAUGGCACGCCACGAUCCGCGACACAAUGCCUGGCUACGAUGCACGAACUACGCGCACGUGGAGAAUGGGUGCUAUUGCCGAGACGGUCCGGACUUGGCCUGGUGCUGUUCGGAGUGCGCAUCCGCAGACUUCGUUUGCGGCUGUGGGGUGCAAGGCUGCUGAGUUAGUGGCAGAUCAUGCGGUUGAUUGUCUUCUAGGGAACGAGAGCCCCCUCGCUCGAUUGGAGGCAGCCAAUGCGCGGAUUUUGUUGCUGGGCGUGGGCUUUGAACUGUGCACGGCAUUUCAUUUGGCGGAAUAUCGUGUCUCAACUACACAGGAGAAUGUUUCGUUCGCGGUUUGUACUCCUAAUGGCCGGGAGUGGAUGACUGUUCAGGAUACGGCGCUCUCAGAGGACGGGUUUGAUCGACUGGGGUUAGACUUUGAGCGAGAUAGACCAGUCACCAGAGGGAUCGUGGGUGGUGCUUUUGCACGGUUGUUCUCCUUGCCCAGUGCGGUUGAUUAUGCUCAGUCGUGGCUGCCAAAGCAUCGCUCUGGGAUGACGUAG